UUGCCGUUUUUAAACGAUUUUUCGGAGUUUUUCUGGGCUGCGCCGGUUCACUUGCAUGUCCUUUUGCAAAAUGCAAAAAGAAAAACUUGAUUCUAUCCCCAUCUUCACUUCACUUCCCCAGGAUGUUGUCUUCAAGAUCGCUUCGCUGCUUCAGGUGCGGGAUUUGUGUGCCUUGGGUUGUUGUUCGAGGUUCUGGAGGGAACACUGCUUCUCAGAUUGCAUUUGGGAGUCUCUUGUCAGAAACAGAUGGCCCUUACUCUCUUCCUUCAAUUUCCCUUCUUCUUCCACUCGCUUUCCCAAUUUCAAGAAAUGGUGGAAAUUGUACCUGGAGAGGCACGUGGAGUUGGGAGUUAGAGCAAGGUCUGUUGAGAAGUUUUUGGAAGCUUGUUCACUUUGUGAACCACUUGAGGUUGGCGACUAUCUGAAAGCUGUUAGCACCUUGAUUGGUGCCAAGUUUGGUUUUGAAGAUGUCCAGAGGUUCCUGUUCAACCCUCAGAUGAAUGUGCUGCUUAACUUGGUUGGUGUACACUAUUGCCUCACAAACCUUGGGAUUCGGGGUGAUAAUCUUAUAGAAGUCCUUCGGACUCAUGAGAUCUCAGAACGGCGUGUAUGCAUCAAGUGGUGGAAACUUGGUAGAUGGUUCUAUGGCUUCCGAAUGAGGGACGAGCCACAUUCUCGUUGGAUUUCUUUGGCAGAUUUGGCAACAGAACAUGAUGAGCAGAUUUUGGGAGUGCUUCGCCGGGGUACUAUUCAUGAGGUUUUAGUUGUUCAGAUUUCUGCUGUUGGUCGUACAUCAUAACAUUGGUCCUGACUGGUUUCCCAGAGACUGGAAUAGUCACAGGGAGCUCACAUAUAGUAUCAAAUUAUUAACGUGUAUAGUUAUUGAUUUCAAAAUUCCUCUGUAAUAAUACAUGUGCAGUAUGUCAUUUAAAUAUAUGACAAUAAUCCAAGUUCAGAAAACCUAUUAUCUUAUUCACAUGGCAUAUUUGAGCUCCUUAUCUUAUUGUAUAUAACUGAGACUUAACUAGCUUGAUUUUUGGCUGCACAACAUUAAAUGAAAAGAAGGCAUGAAGGUUUUGGUG